UUUCAUUUAGGCAAUACUUAUUGUCGUUACAGUUGCCUUUGUUCAGGAAUAUCGUUCAGAAAAAUCUCUUGAAGAAUUGAGUAAACUUGUGCCACCAGAAUGCCAUUGUGUGCGUGAAGGAAAAUUGGAGCAUACACUUGCCCGAGAUUUGGUUCCAGGUGAUACAGUUUGCCUUUCUGUUGGGGACAGAGUUCCUGCUGACUUACGCUUGUUUGAGGCUGUGGAUCUUUCCAUUGAUGAAUCCAGCUUGACAGGAGAGACAACACCUUGUUCUAAGGUGACAGCUCCUCAGCCAGCUGCAACUAAUGGAGAUCUUGCAUCAAGAAGUAACAUUGCCUUCAUGGGAACACUUGUCAGAUGUGGCAAAGCAAAGGGUAUUGUCAUUGGAACAGGAGAAAAUUCUGAAUUUGGGGAGGUUUUUAAAAUGAUGCAAGCAGAAGAAGCACCAAAAACUCCUCUACAGAAGAGUAUGGACCUCUUAGGAAAACAACUUUCAUUUUACUCCUUUGGUAUAAUAGGUAUCAUCAUGUUGGUUGGCUGGUUACUAGGAAAAGAUAUCCUGGAAAUGUUUACUAUUAGUGUAAGUUUGGCUGUAGCAGCAAUUCCUGAAGGUCUUCCCAUUGUGGUCACAGUGACACUAGCCCUUGGUGUUAUGAGAAUGGUGAAGAAAAGGGCCAUUGUGAAAAAACUACCUAUUGUUGAAACUCUGGGCUGCUGUAAUGUGAUUUGUUCAGAUAAAACUGGAACACUGACGAAGAAUGAGAUGACUGUUACUCAUAUAUUUACUUCAGAUGGUCAGCGUGCUGAGGUUACUGGAGUUGGCUAUAAUCAGUUUGGGGAAGUGAUUGUUGAUGGUGAUGUUGUUCAUGGAUUCUAUAAUGCAGAUGUUAGCAGAAUUGUUGAGGCGGGCUGUGUGUGCAAUGAUGCCGUAAUUAGAAACGACACUUUAAUGGGGAAGCCAACCGAAGGGGCCUUAAUUGCUCUUGCAAUGAAGAUGGGUCUUGAUGGACUUCAACAGGACUAUAUCAGAAAAGCUGAAUACCCUUUUAGCUCUGAGCAAAAGUGGAUGGCUGUUAAGUGUGUACACCGAACACAGCAGGACAGACCAGAGGUUUGUUUUAUGAAGGGUGCUUAUGAACAGGUGAUUAAGUACUGUACUACAUACCACAGCAAAGGGCAAACUUUGUCACUUACCCAGCAGCAGAGAGAUGUGUACCAACAAGAGAAGGCACGUAUGGGCUUAGCCGGACUCAGAGUUCUUGCUUUGGCUUCUGGUCCUGAACUGGGACAGCUGACAUUUCUUGGCUUGGUGGGAAUCAUUGAUCCUCCUAGAACUGGUGUGAAAGAAGCUGUUACAACACUCAUUGCCUCAGGAGUAUCGAUAAAAAUGAUUACUGGAGAUUCACAGGAGACUGCGAUUGCAAUUGCCAGUCGUCUGGGAUUAUAUUCUAAAACUUCCCAGUCAGUCUCAGGAGAAGAAAUAGAUACAAUGGAUGUCCAGCAGCUUUCACAAAUAGUACCAAAGGUUGCAGUAUUUUACAGAGCUAGCCCAAGGCACAAGAUGAAAAUUAUUAAGUCUUUGCAGAAGAAUGGUUCGGUUGUAGCCAUGACAGGAGAUGGAGUAAAUGAUGCAGUUGCUUUGAAGGCUGCAGACAUUGGAGUUGCAAUGGGCCAGACUGGUACAGAUGUUUGCAAAGAAGCAGCAGACAUGAUCCUGGUGGAUGAUGAUUUCCAAACUAUAAUGUCUGCAAUUGAAGAGGGUAAAGGGAUUUAUAAUAACAUUAAAAAUUUUGUUAGAUUCCAACUCAGCACGAGUAUAGCAGCAUUAACUUUAAUCUCAUUGGCUACAUUAAUGAACUUUCCUAAUCCUCUCAAUGCCAUGCAGAUUUUGUGGAUCAAUAUUAUUAUGGAUGGACCCCCAGCGCAGAGCCUUGGAGUAGAACCAGUGGAUAAAGAUGUUAUUCGUAAACCUCCUCGCAACUGGAAGGACAGCAUUUUGACUAAAAACUUGAUACUUAAAAUACUUGUUUCAUCAAUAAUCAUUGUUUGUGGGACUUUAUUUGUCUUCUGGCGUGAGCUGCGAGACAAUGUGAUAACACCUCGGGACACAACAAUGACCUUCACGUGCUUUGUGUUUUUUGACAUGUUUAAUGCACUAAGUUCUAGAUCCCAGACCAAGUCUGUGUUUGAGAUUGGACUCUGCAGUAACAAAAUGUUUUGCUAUGCAGUUCUUGGCUCCAUUAUGGGACAAUUACUGGUUAUUUACUUUCCUCCACUUCAGAAGGUUUUUCAGACCGAAAGCCUAAGCAUACUGGAUCUGUUGUUUCUUUUGGGUCUCACCUCAUCAGUGUGCAUAGUGUCAGAAAUUAUAAAGAAGGUUGAAAGGAGCAGGGAGAAGAUCAUCCAGAAGCAUGUUAGUUCAACAUCGUCGUCUUUUCUUGAAGUCUGGCUCUGGGAGAGGAGUGGACAGAAGCUGAUUGAGAUACACCCCCAUCUGGAGACAGCACUGCCACUGACAGAAGAUGUGAGCUGUGUCUAAAUCCAGUCUCGUGCCCAGCCGCGUCUGCUCCUUCACUCUUUGGAACUCUUCAUACAACACCUUAGCACCAUCUUCCUGCAGAUCUUCCUGACCUAGAUAAACAACCCAAGGGCAAUAUUUC